GGUUGUGGGCUUCUAUAGUUCUAGCCGUUGCGUUUCUCUCUCUCUCUCUCUCUCUCUCUCUCAUAGGAACAUACGCUCCCUGUUCCGCUUUCUCUCUCUACCCUCACACUUAGAUUAGAGUACAAAUGUCUCUUUUUCGAUUAAGCAUUCCAAAUCCCAACCCCUUUUAUAAACCCUAAUUGGUUCCGUAAUACUCCACUUGCGUGAAGUCUCAAUCUUUCUGUUGAAAGACUAAACCCUAACCAUUUUUUUUUUUCACAUGAAAAAAUGGUAAAUUUCCCAAUUCUUUGAGCUGAAUUUCAGCAGUGAAUAAUUGAUUGGUAACAUCACAGGAUCAAAAUUUCGGAAGAAAAUGGCAGAGCUGGAUCCAUCCAAGAAAGUAGCUGAUAGGUAUCUCAAGCGUGAGGUUCUUGGUGAAGGUACCUAUGGAGUCGUUUACAAAGCCAUUGAUACACAGACGGGGCAGACGGUUGCGAUUAAGAAGAUUCGGCUUGGUAAGCAGAAAGAAGGGGUGAAUUUUACAGCACUUCGAGAAAUAAAAUUGCUCAAAGAACUCAAAGAUCCAAAUAUUAUUGAGUUGAUUGAUGCAUUCCCACACAAAGGGAACUUGCAUCUUGUGUUUGAGUUCAUGGAGACUGACCUUGAAGCUGUGAUACGGGACAGAAAUAUUUUUCUUUCGCCGGGGGAUAUAAAAUCUUACCUUCAGAUGACACUAAAAGGUCUUGCAGUUUGCCACAAGAAAUGGGUUUUGCAUAGGGAUAUGAAACCAAAUAACUUGUUGAUAGGGUCUAAUGGACAGCUAAAACUUGCAGAUUUUGGUUUAGCACGGAUAUUUGGAAGCCCAGAUCGCAGGUUCACACAUCAGGUAUUUGCUCGGUGGUACAGAGCACCCGAGUUAUUAUUUGGUACCAAGCAGUACGGGGCAGGGGUAGAUGUUUGGGCUGCAGCUUGUAUUUUUGCUGAACUACUUCUUCGUCGUCCCUUCCUCCAGGGUUCAAGUGAUAUUGAUCAAUUAGGGAAGAUUUUUGCAGCAUUUGGAACCCCAUCACCUGCUCAGUGGCCUGAUAUGGUAUAUCUUCCUGACUAUGUUGAAUACCAACAUGUUCCUGCUCCACCUUUGCGUUCUUUAUUUCCAAUGGCAAGUGAUGAUGCUUUAGAUUUGUUGUCAAAGAUGUUUACAUAUGAUCCGAAUGCUAGAAUUUCAGCUCAGCAGGCAUUAGAACAUAGGUAUUUCUCUUCCGCACCUCUGCCUACAGUUCCAGAGAAGCUUCCAAGACCUGCCCCUAAGAAGGAAUCUAAAGCUUCAGAUGUCGAUUCACAGGAUGGUCCUACUGUGUUAUCACCUCCAAGAAAGUCGAGGAGAAUUAUGCCGGGGCGUGAUGGAUUUGAAGGAAAUUCUUUGCAGGAAGAUAAGUUUGAUGACAAUGCCGGUAAUUUCCGGCAAACAGUAGCUGAUAAUACAGGAAAGAAUGGGCCAGCACCGAUGUCACUAGAUUUUUCUCUCUUCGGAUUAAAACCUCCUAAUAGACCUACAAUUACAAGCGCUGACAGAUCGCAUUUAAAAAGAAAAUUAGAUUUGGAAUUCGGCAACCAGAAUGACUAAUCCAACUUGACCAACAUAACGAGUGGUCCGAUGAAUUUGAGGACAUGCGGGGAAUGUAAAUCUUUUGAUUGUGUUGUUCUUCCUCGAAUCUGCCUACUCCAUAUGAAGCUACUACUGAUGUGUAGAUGUUUCCGAGAGUGAAGAAGUAGUAGUGGCAACACAGAAGAUUAGCAUCUCACUAUUGUAGUUCAAAGACAAAAUAACUAUUAUAGGGGAAAAAAUGAUUGUUUUAUAAUAACCAUAAUCUCUCUGUAUUUUAGUUCUUAAUUCUUUUGUCCACGGAAGGCCUUGAAUGUGAGGGCAUUUUCUUGAGCCCUUGCUUUAUCUGAAUGGAAAACACUAAUUUGUUAUAUUCAAUAUAAAUGAAACUAUUGUUGUUUCACAUACUUUUUGUAUCGA